AUACAAAAAAAUGAAGAAAACCCCAGGUGGAACAAACAGAAAAAGAAAUCAGAAAAAGGAUACUUUAUUUACAAGAAAAAUAAAAAGGAAUAGGAAAAUCGAAAAAAGACACCUUUUUUUUCCGUUUCGUUACCAGAACCAUAAAGCAUAUUCUUUCCUUUACUAGUCCCUUUCAAUUUUUUUCAUAUCAAAAACCCUAAUGUACUUUUGCAUGCAUUUUCAAUCUUUGUGGAAAAGCAUUCUCAGUAUCUAAUUCUCUUGAUCUACCCCAUUUUCCAGCUUUCUGUUUGCUCCUUUCAGUGUCCGGGCCAGUUUGUGCGCACCUCGACUAUUCCUUCGGUGAUUCUGCCUGUAUCUGUCUACAUUCGGUAGUGAUUGGGGGCUACAAGACCCUUGUCGGAGCUGAUCGAGGGAGCACUAAAAAUGCGGAACAAUUUGUCAUUUUCCAUGGAUGGUAAUGGGGGUUCAUCGCAAAUGUUCCCCAUUGAUCCUCUCAUGCCAUAUGGUUUUGGAGCGGAUUUUCUCUCCCAUAUUUCAUUGAUUGUUGAUGGUUCUAGAAACUUAUGUGCGCCUGGGAGUCAGGCACUUCAAGAAGCUUUCAAAUGCUUUUCAAAAUAUGCUGGUGCGCUGCUAGUCUGGUUUGUCAGUGGAUCAAACUCUAGAGUUAAUAACCGAAUAUCAGGCAAUCAUCAAGGUUCAAGAACCACCAGGUCUAGAAUGUCAAUUCUAGCACAACAAACAGCUUCAAAUAGACAUAAUUUCAUGGAACUUUUCUGGCAAUCAAGAUGCCAAGGGAAAAUUACCAUCCCUGUGAUAUUUAGUAAGAUUUCAAAGUUCACAUUGAAGCAACUUUGCAAAGAAGCCGAACAUCUUCAGUCAAUUCCUUUGCUCUCACUAGCUGCUGCUUUAGUACCUCCAUUUGACAAUUUCUCCGGGGAUGUGCUAGCUGUCCAGCUGGAUGGCGGUGCUAUGGAAACACAGAGCGGGGAGGAUCAACGGCCCUGUGAGGUUGAACACCGGGGAUGUGAUAAUUCAUUUUUCCAGAAUUUAGAUUGGUCUAGACAUGCAGUUGAGCCCAUAACGGGUAUUGAAUUUCCUACUAUCUUGGACAACCUAAUAGCUGGGGAGAAAAAUUCCAGUUUCACAUCAGAGGUCCUUGUUGGGACUGGAUCCAGAAUAAUGAAAAUUAUCAGAAUUAAAUCUCUGAAGGUUUAUGCAUUUGGCUUCUAUGUCCAUCCUUUUGAUGUCUGCCAGAAGUUGGGCUGGAAAUAUGCCUCAGUUCCUUUUUGUGAACUGAACAAACAGCAAGACUUUUAUCGGGAUCUUCUCAGGGAAGAUAUUAGCAUGACUGUUAGGCUUGUUGUUAGCUGCAAUGGAAUCAAAAUCAACACAGUCCGAGACGUCUUUGAGAAAUCUCUUCGAGCUCGGUUGGUGAAGACAAAUCCUGAUACAGAUUAUCGCUGUCUAGAAACAUUUGGUUCCAUGUUCUCGCAAGAUAUUCAUAUACAAGCAGGUACAACAAUCAAUUUUCGACGAACAGCUGAUGGACAUCUAAUUACUGAGAUCGGAGGAAACAAUAUCGGAGCAGUUCAGAGUAGAGAAUUGUGUAGGGCAUUUUUUGAUAUGUACAUUGGCGAUGUUCCUAUAUGUGAGGAAUCAAAAGAAGAGAUUGGAAAAAAUGUCGCAAGUAUCUUAAGGGGGUGUUAAAAAGACGCGGUCUUAUCUUUCUUCUCCCACAAGAGCUUAUUUGCUGCUAAUGGCUUAGAGUUCUCGAGGUAUUUGACUUUAUGAUGCAGUUAUUAGGGAAGCAUAGCGUUCCAAUUAUUAGGGCAUAAAUGUCAAAAUGAAGGAAAAUUUCACGAGGAAAUGGAGAAUAAAUGAUUGUUAGGUUUAUAUAUGCAGAACCCUUUUAUUUUAGGCAGGGUUCUUAUAUUUAAAAUUCUUUCUUUGAGAAUUAGUUAGAACACAAGAUUAUUUGUAGCCUUGUUGGAGUGCAGCCAUAAUAGAGCUGUCUCUGCCAACUGUUGUAAAUUUAGCUUGUAAGAUAUAGUAUGUGAACUUAUAGAGAGAGAGCUUGUUCUGCAUUUUGUCUAUUAAGCUUCUCUCCUAUUCUGUAUAAUAUUGGUUUCCUUUGGUUAAUGUAUGAUGUAUCUGUGGACUCUGGGUGCCAAUGCAACAAUCUGCUAUUUAAAGUUGUCAA